AUGGCAUCUAAUACUGCGUCUGUGUUUGAAACUAUAUCUCACGUCUCCGUUCCUUACGCUUCUUGCUCUCACAGUGGCGAACAUGUUGAUCGUACUGAACGUGCUAAUCCCCAGGUUCAACCUAUUGCAGCGCCAACAGAAAAUCCAACAAAGACUGCUGCUUCCUCAGAUUCGACAGAAAACACAACAACGACUGCUGCUUCGUCGGAUCUGCAGUCAAAGUCUCAACUAGAAUCUUCAGAACGAGGUGACUCAGAGCAUCUGCCCGAGCCUCCAGCCUCUCCUGUGUCCAACACUUUACUAUCCGCUUCCUCUUCGUCGACCUAUGGCGACUCCAAUUCGCAUAACUCGGAUAAGGACCAAUUGGCCACGCAAGCACCUUCUGCGAACCGUCUGUCUAUAUCUUACUCGAACGGAAACAGACGCAUGGUGAUCAAUGCGGAAGUAGUUGAAAAGAUGGAGAUAUACCGCUCUGAGGGUCGCAUUGAGGCGAAAAUGAAGAUACACCGUAACCCAGAUAAUACUAUACAGGGAAUCCUGGUGGAAGGCCUUUCGGAUGUAACGAAGUCAUAUGUUCCCCUUCCCUUCCAUGAAAAGAGCGAACAGGAUGGUUCGGACCCUACCUUACCACCAUUUAUCAAUGAUUCGGCAUCUACGACUCUCACUUUGGUUGCCCACCUAGAUACAAAGCGCCCCCUUUCCGAGCCUAGAUGGGUUAGAACCGGCGAUAUUCAGGAAUGGCUGAGGAGCAUGUUUGGCCGCAUGUUCUGGGUAUCUGGUGAUGCUGCCGAUGGAUGGGAGAAAAAGAUCACAGUAGUAGAUCCAGAUCCGCCACCAACUAUUUGGACAGUCCUAGAGGGGUGGGCGCAAAAUUCUCCUGUUGGUGUGCCUACCGAACGACAUCGAUUCUUAAAGACCCAUCUAACAGAAACUGAGAAUCUUUUGGAGAUUCUCUUGCGUCUUGUACGUGGCGAGCGAGCAACAGCUUUCUCUUCUGCGUCUACGAUAUCUGCACCAUCGGUGUCCGGGCCACUUCUCUCUGCACUUUCUCAAGCUACUGCACAUGGGUCUCAACAGACCCACGUUUCGCUUGCUGUUCUCGCAAUGUACCAAAUGAGCACCGAAUACGCCACGAGAGCUUCGGGUGAGAAUGGGAAGAAGGAAGUUGACGAACGGAUUGGGGAAAUAAUCCGCUGUCUUCCUUCACAUCUUAUUUAUAAAAGCUUGGACGGUAUUUUCAAAGAGUGGCGUGUAGAAAAGAAGGGGCGAUGA